AUGUAUGACAGUCAUGAAGAUAUUGAUUCUGAUUCUGAAAAGAACUCCAAAGAGAGGGAGCAGAAGCUGAAGUCAAAUCCAGAUAUUGAUAGAGGAUGGGCUUGGAUGAUAGUCUUUUCCUCUUUCCUGGUGCAUAUACUCAUCAUGGGGUCACAAAUGGCUCUUGGAAUUCUCAACAUGGAAUGGCUUGAAGAGUUCAGCCAAAGUCGAGGGCUGACAGCAUGGGUCAGCUCCCUCAAUAUGGGUAUUACUCUGAUUGUAGGUCCCUUUAUUGGUUUGUUUAUUAACACCUGUGGGUGUCGGAAGACAGCAAUAACUGGAGGAAUCUUAAAUGCCCUAGGAUGGAUAUUAAGUUCCUAUGCUUCAAAUGUACAUUAUCUCUUUAUUACAUUUGGAAUUAUAGCUGGUAUUGGAAGUGGGAUGGUGUACCUGCCUGCUGUGGUCAUGGUGGGAGAAUAUUUUCAAAAGAGAAGGGCUCUUGCCCAGGGACUCAGCACAACUGGAACAGGCUUUGGUGCUUUCCUGAUGACAGCUUUGUUGAAAUAUCUUUGUUUGGAGUUUGGCUGGAGGAAUGCCGUGUUCCUUCAUGGUGCAGUCUGUCUGAACCUGUGUGUUUGUGGAGCACUUCUGAGGCCAAAUCAUUACAAGAAGGAAGCUACUGAGCAAAGCAAUGAUGGAAACAAGAGUCAAAGCAAUAGUCCAACAAACGUUCUCUCCUGCUCUGCCGAAGUGCUAACAUCGAAUUGUGUUUUAAGGGAAGCGAAGAAAGAGGCAAAGGGAGGACAGGGUACAAAAGAAAAGAUUGCCAAAAUUUCAGCCUUGGAAAAUAAAGAUGGAAUCAGAGAUCAAAAGGAAAUCUAUACUCUUGGUAUUCUAAAGCGAGUAGGGCAGCUGACAGUCACAAGCCAGAAAGGCUUCAGGACCUGGUAUUCCAGUUACUUUGGAACUGCUUCUCUCUUCACUAACAGAACAUUUGCAGCUUUUGUAUUUUGGGCUUUAUUUGCCUAUAGUACUUUUGUAAUUCCUUUCAUCCAUCUCCCCGAAAUAGUGAAACAGUACAGGUUAUCAGCACAGAAUGACAUCUUUCCUUUGACCUCAAUUAUUGCAGUUGUUCACAUUUUGGGGAAGGUGGUCCUUGGCAUAAUCUCUGAUUUGCCUUGCAUCAGUGUUUGGAAUGUCUUCAUGGCAGCUAAUUUUACUCUUGUCUCUUGCAUUUUUAUUUUGCCAUUAAUGCAUACAUUUGCUAGCCUCGCAGUGGUUUGUGCCCUAAUAGGAUUUUCCAGUGGAUAUUUUUCACUUAUGCCAGUUGUCACUGAAGAUCUAGUAGGGAUUAAGCAUCUUGCAAAUGCCUACGGAAUCAUCAUUUGCGCCAAUGGGAUAUCAGCACUCUUGGGACCACCUUUUGCAGGAUGGAUUUAUGAUCUCACACAAAAAUAUGACUUUUCUUUCUACAUAUGUGGUUUCCUUUAUAUAGUGGGAAUACUGACUUUGCUCGUUCAGCCUUAUAUAGACAAGGAACAGCCAUCAUCAGAAAAAAAUAUAGAAAAUGGAAAUGUUUAG